AUGUUGUCGUCCGUGCAGAAACUGACACCAAGGCCAUACCACAUGUUUAUACAUUUGAGGCAUAUGACUAGUCAAUUAACUGUCAUGUCUCUUAACCUACCAAAUUCCGACAACGACGUUCUUCAACUGGCCCGCUGUUUGGACGUUGCACCCCAACUGGAGAUGCUGCACUUGGAUGUGAGUUAUUCACGCAACAUGGUUUGGGUGCACGAUGAUUUGGUGGAGGAGGAAGGCCUCCAUAUGCGCCGCCACGACCACCUUAAGACUGUCAACAUCAGCGGGUUCCGGUGCUACACGGCUCAGACUAAGCUGGCGUGUUGUAUCCUGGAAAAUGCUUGUGUUCUUGAGCACAUGAGAAUACCGCCAUGGGUCUCGACCAGGAUAUGGUGUUAUUUUAUCCUAUCGAAUAUGGGCGUCAGAGGAAGAUUUUUACCAGAGGUUCACGAAUGGGCACAGAUAACCUCAGAGCGCUUCGGUAAGACGAUCACCGUCUUAGAUGACCCUUCAGAGUGA